CAGAAGAGAGAGAGAGAGAGAGAGAGAGAGAGAGAGGUCAGAGUUAAAGCAAACAAAGUCGCGUAUAAUAAGACGCGCGCAAAGCGGUUUGGGGGAUUCUCUGUAACGGCGUUUUUCCUAGACAAACAGAGAGAGAGAGAGGGUUUUCUGAGAGCGGUUUUGGGAGCAGAGAGGAAGAAGAGAGAAAGGUGGUUUCGUAACGGUUGCAGAGAGAAGGAUUUGUGGUUUUGCGUUACGGAUUUUCGAUCGGGGAUCGUUACCGAAGAGAAACGUGUGGAGUUGGAACCGAAAAGUUGAGAGCUUUUUAAUUAUUUACUUUGUUCUUGGUGAGGUGAUUAAAUUUGUAUCUAUUUAGAGAUGCUUAAUAAGUGAUUAUGAGUGAGCUUUCUAAUUGAUUCUCUGUGUGUUAUAUAACGAGCUAAAUCUUUUUGGUAUAUACAGAGAGAGAGAGAGAGAGAGAGAGAGUAAUUUGCUGAGGAAUUUUUUGAGUUGUUGUUGUUGUUGGGAUUAUUUUGGUUUGUGUUUUGACUUGAGGGAGAGUUUCAAUGAUGGCUAAUCGAGGAGGGUCGUUUCCGCAGCCAAAUGGUUUAGUUGAAGGGGAUGAAUUGUAUCCGGAGCUAUGGAAGGCCUGUGCUGGUCCGCUCGUUGACGUUCCUCGCGCCGGGGAGAGGGUAUACUAUUUCCCACAGGGACAUAUGGAGCAACUAGAGGCAUCAACAAAUCAGGAGCUGAAUCAGAGGAUUCCGCUGUUUAAUCUUCCCUCUAAGAUUCUUUGCCAUGUUAUUGACGUUCAGCUACGGGCGGAACAAGAAACUGAUGAGGUUUAUGCCCAGAUUACCUUGGUGCCCGAAUCAAAUCAAGCUGAGCCUACGAGUCCUGAUCCUUGCCUUCCUGAGCCUCCAAGGCCGAAGGUUUACCCAUUCACAAAGGUUUUAACUGCUUCUGAUACGAGCACUCAUGGUGGGUUUUCUGUUUUAAGGAAACAUGCCACUGAGUCCCUUCCUCCGCUGGACAUGGCCCAAGCAACCCCAACCCAGGAAUUGGUUGCCAAGGAUCUUCAUGGUUAUGAGUGGCGAUUUAAGCAUAUUUUCCGAGGUCAACCGAGGAGACAUUUGCUUACAACAGGAUGGAGUACGUUUGUCACUUCUAAGAGAUUAGUUGCUGGGGACACCUUUGUAUUUCUGAGAGGAGAGAAUGGGGAAUUACGUGUUGGAGUUAGGCGUCUUGCUCGUCAACAAAGCAGCAUGCCCUCAUCAGUGAUUUCGAGUCAGAGCAUGCACCUGGGAGUUCUUGCAACUGCAUCCCAUGCUGUUUCAACCCAAACCCUCUUUGUAGUGUAUUACAAGCCAAGGACUAGCCAGUUCAUUGUUAGCUUGAACAAGUACUUGGAAGCGAUCAACAAUAAGUUUACCCUUGGGAUGAGAUUCAAGAUGAGGUUUGAGGGGGAUGAUGCUCCUGAGAGGAGGUUUUCAGGCACUAUAGUUGGCGUUGAAGAUGUAUCUCUUAACUGGGUGGAUUCAAAAUGGCGAUCACUUAAAGUGCAAUGGGACGAGUCUGCAGCAAUCCCCAGACCUGAUAGAGUUUCACCAUGGGAGAUAGAACCUUUUGUGGCUUCUGUACCUGCAAGCCUUGCUCAACCACCUGUAAAGAACAAAAGGCCCCGACCACCUACUGAAGUUCCAUCCCAUGAUACUACAUAUGCAUCGGCUGUCUGGAAUCCUGGACCGGCUGCAUCUAUUGAUGUGACACAAAUGAGUGUUGCUCCUGAUGGCAAAAGAGGUGAUCAUGCUGCAUGGCAUCAUCAUCACCAGGAAGGAGGCUGGUUGUCUUCCCCCAAUGCAAGUUGUACUCAGCAUAUAUUCCAGGAUACAGAGGAUAGCAAAAGUGUAUCCAUGUGGCCUCUCCUCUCCACUCAAAACCUGUCAAAGCUGAAUGAGCCAGUUUAUGACCAAGUUGAUAAAGAGAGAAAAACUGAGACAAGUAAUAGCGUCCGGGUUUUUGGUGUUGACCUGAUUAAUCAUUCCAUACACUCACCUCCUAUAGAGAAGGGCCAGAAGGAACCUCAUCAACCAAGUUGUGUUAAUACUGAAAUCACUGAAUGGCGAGCUAGUACUUUGUCCGCAGCUGAGUCAGACCCAAAAUCUGAUGUUUCAAAGGCUCCUAAAGAGAGAGUGUCUGGACAGUUUCAAGUAUCACCGAAAGAGAGUCAAAGCAAACAAAGUUGCUCUAACUCCACGCGAAGUCGAACCAAGGUUCAAAUGCAGGGUAUGGCUGUCGGUCGGGCAGUCGAUCUGUCCAUGUUGGAUGGAUAUGAUCAGCUCAUAGAUGAACUUGAAGAGAUGUUUGACAUCAGAGGACAACUACGUCCACGAAAUAAGUGGGAGAUUAUCUUUACUGAUGAUGAAGGAGAUAUGAUGCUCUUGGGUGAUGACUUGUGGCCUGAUUUCUGUAAAAUGGUUAGAAGAAUCUUGAUAUGCCCGAGCCAGGACGUGAAGAAAAUGAAUUCAGGGAGCAAGCCUCCCAUUUCUUCAUUAGAAGGUGAAGGGACUGUAAUAAGUUCAGAGUCGGCAGAAAAUUGAGGAUACAUUGAACCUUCGAUUUUUAUUUUCCUUUUUUUUUUUUUAAAAAACUUUUGGGGUAUGUUUUUUUGGCGUUGUUUGUUUGUUGAGAGGCUCCCGGUGGUUUAAAUUUGGUCAAAGUAAAAAAGAAAAAAAAAAGAAAAAAAGAAAAAAAAAUAAUUAUGCAGUUGGAGGAAAAGAGAUAUUGGCUAAUUGAUGAGCUCGAUUUUUAGAGCUAACUAGAGAUUGACUGGAAUUCUAAAAAGUCUAAUGUUUCAGUGGGAAUAGUGGGUAGGUUUAGAAUCUGUGAAUAUUUAAUGGCAUUUAUGAUGUUGGGUUGAGGGGGGGUUUGGUGGUGGUGGUGGUGGUGGUGGAGCCUUUGUUCUCCUUUAAUUUUUGUAAAUAUAUUUGAAGUGUUUCUUCUUAAGUGUAAUCUUUUGGUUUUUAGCGAGUGCCAUUUUGCAAUUUCUGUUGCUCUCUAUUGGCUCUAAAAUAAUUAAAAAAAUAUUCACUGUCUUCUCCAAAUAAGGUUAUAAAAUUGUGUGUGUUUGAUGUGGCUGGUGGGUUUCUAUCCUCCCUAUAUGCUCUUCCCA